AUGGCAAAGAAAGGACCCAACAGUAAAGCCGAAGCUGGUAAUGCCAAAAAGGCUGCUAACAAGGCUGAGAAGGAUAGAAAGGCAAGCGCUGCCGCUGAGGCUGCCGAGGCUGAUAAAUGGGCUCAAGGUGCCAAAGGCAAAAACAAUAAAAAGGAAGAAGCUGAAGCCAAGAAGGCUGCUGCUGCUGCCAAAAAGGCUGAAGCUGCUAAGCUUUUGGCCGAGGAAGAAAAGGAGUUCAAGAAGAAACCUACUUUGAAGGGUGUUGAUAAAAAAGCAGCUCAAAAAUCUGCUAAGCAUGAAGCUGCUAGUCAAGCCAGACGUGUUAUACCUGAAUUUUCUGCUACAGGUAUUGAUGACGCUCUUGAUCUUUUGUCAAUUGACGAAGGCUCAGUCAAGGCCAAGGAUAUUGAAAAGCACCCCGAGCGUCGAUUCAAGGCUGCUUUGGCUGCUUAUGAGGAGCGUGAGCUGCCUAGAUUCAAGGCUGAAAAUCCUGGAUUGCGUUUGACUCAAUUGAAGGAGUUGAUGUACAAGGCUUUCCAAAAAGCGCCCGAGAAUCCCUUCAAUCAAGGCAAUGUUCUGGCCUACAAUGCUACUCAAGAGGAUGCUCAAGCCAUGAAGGCCAACAAGAACAAAAAUAUUCAAGAUCGUCUCCGUACCAACUAA